AUGAGCAAGUUUGGUGCUAUGAUCAUGGGGCCCGCCGGCGCUGGCAAGUCCACCUUCUGCGCGGCCCUGAUCACGCACCUGCAGCUGAACCGGCGGUCCUGCUUCUACGUCAACCUGGACCCGGCGGCCGAGUCGUUCGAGCACAGCCCGGACCUGGACAUCAAGGACCUGAUCUCGCUCGAGGACGUCAUGGAGGAGAUGGGGCUGGGCCCUAACGGCGGGCUGAUCUACUGCUUCGAGUUCCUGAUGGAGAACCUCGACUUCCUGACCGACGCGCUCGAGUCGCUCACCGAGGAGUAUUUAAUUAUCUUCGACAUGCCCGGCCAGAUCGAGCUGUACACCCACGUGCCCAUCCUCCCCGCGCUCGUCAAGUUCCUGGCGCGCGCGGGAUCCCUCGACAUCCGCCUGUGCGCCGCCUACCUCCUCGAGGCCACCUUCGUCGUCGACCGCGCCAAGUUCUUCGCCGGCACCCUGAGCGCCAUGUCCGCCAUGAUCAUGCUCGAGGUCCCCCACAUCAACAUCCUGUCCAAGAUGGACCUGGUCAAGGACCAAGUCCGCAAGAAGGACCUGAAGCGCUUCAUCACGCCCGACAGCGGCCUGCUGGAGGACGACCCGGCCGAGGCGGCGCGGCGGGCAUAUGAGGGCGGGAACGGCGAGGACGACGAGAUGGCCGAUCCCCAGGACAGAGCCGCCGUGAUGCGGGGCGCCGGGUUCAGGAGGCUCAACAAGGCGGUCGCUGGACUCAUCGAGAACUUCAGCAUGGUGAGCUAUCUCAAGCUCGACGUGCAGGACGAGGAAAGUGUCGGUGCCAUCCUGAGCUACAUCGACGACUGCAUUCAGUACCACGAAGCCCAGGAGCCCAGGGAGAUGAAAGACGAGGAAUAUGAGGGCAUGGACGAGGAAUAA